AUAGAUAGAGAGAGAGAGAGAGAGAGAGAGAGAGAGAGAGAGAGAGAGAGAGAGAGAGAGAGAGAGAGAGAGAGAGAGAGAGAGAGAGAUUGGAAAUAACCAAGCUCAUUGUUUCAAUAAAUUUUCCUGUUUUUGUACUAUGAACUUGAUCUUUCUUCCUCUUUUCCUUGUUUCUGGGGGCUUGAUGUGAAGGGAUGGCAUGGAGAAAUUCUUCUUUAUUCAUUAACGUGAAAAAUAUUUGGUAUUUUUUGUUGGAGCCAAAUGGUAAAAUUUAAUAAUAUGCAAAUUUUGUCAGAAAUAGUUUGAGGUUGAAUAAGUGUAGCCGUCAAGUAGUGAAUAUGGUACAUGAUAAAGCUUAAAUUUUAUUUUAUUGUUUUUCUUUUCCUUUUCGUGUUGCUGUAAAUUAUUUGUGCUGGCAUCAGGAUUUAGUUUAUGUUGUUUUUCUUGUCUUGGUGCUAUGGACCUUCCUCAUAUUCAAAAGCAUGAAAUCCUCUUAGGCGGGCAUAAUCAUUUAAAGUUUUAUUUCCUAAAUAUGGUAAAUAUGAGUAAAUACCUGAGGAACUCUUAAAAAUGUUUACACUCAUUUGCUCAGAUGCAUUUCCCGUACAAAUAUGUUUUAUUAGCAUACAAAGGAAGCCAACACUGAUACUGUAAGGUUUCAGCCAAAUGCCUAUGAAAUUUUAGGAGAUAAGCAUGCAUAGCCCUGAAGGUGAACUUAAAAUAAGUUUUGGCUAUCAAUGCAAUAGUGAUAGAGGUAUACCUUACAAAGAAAUCAAUAGAACAAGCAGUUUCUCUUGCUUAUCCGGUGCUGCCUUAAGUGCAAAUGCUACACUUGCCAACACAAAUAUCUGCAAUGGCGUAAUAGGAGAAGAAAUCCUUCCGAGUUUGGACUCUCCUAAAUCGUUUCGAACAAUACCCUCUUCAUCAAGUUUUCCAAAAUUGGAAAUAUUAUCAUCUUCUGUCCAUAGUAGUUUUUCAAAUCUAAGUUGCAGCCCUUCCACUCCAACUAACAUACUUGAAUAUGACUCAUGUUCAUUAAAAUCUAUGAGUGCUCCUUCUAGAACUGAAGGUUUUCUUAAUGCCAUGGAUGUUCAAGUUGCUGGAGGAGCGGCUGGUGAAGAUAGAGUUCAAGCAGUUUGUUCUGAAGAAAAUGGGUGGCUCUUCUGUGCUAUUUAUGAUGGCUUUAAUGGGAGAGAUGCAGCCGACUUUUUGGCGGGUACCCUUUAUGAUACCAUUGUAUCUUAUUUUAAUAUGUUACGUUGUGAUUUGGAACCAGAUUUCAUAAAAGCUUCUGACAAUGUGGCUGUGGGUGAAUCCUUUCCAUAUAAUUUGGAUGAUAGUCUUAUUCUUCUGGAGCACCAAUCUCCUUCAAAAUUUAAGGGAAACAAUUCUGGUCUUGACUGUUUGGCAAACAUUACUCCACCUUCCAAGUCGGAAGCAUCUCCUAAAUCAUUUUCACAUAGUAAAGUACUUGAUGGUCUCCAGCAUGUUCUUAGUCAGGUUGAGAAUGAUUUCUUAUGCAUGGUUGAACAGGAAAUGGAGGAACGUCCAGAUUUAGUUUCUAUUGGAUCUUGUGUUUUGCUUGUGCUUCUUCAUGGCAAUGAUUUAUAUACACUUAAUCUUGGUGACAGCAGAGCAGUAUUGGCGACAUGCUGUACAGAUAACAGAAUGAAUGGGAAUGAGAGAUUGAAGGCUAUCCAGCUCACAUAUUGUCAUACAGUUGACAAUGAAGCCGAAAGAGCUCGAGUUCUUGCUGAUCAUCCUGAUGAUCCUAAAACCAUAGUAGCAGGGAAAGUGAAGGGAAAACUGAAGGUUACUCGAGCUUUAGGAGCAGGGUACUUGAAAAAGAAAAUUCUGAAUGACGCAUUAAUGGGAAUCCUUCGAGUUCAUGAUCUCACUAGCCCACCAUAUAUUUCAACUGAUCCAUCGUUGAAUGUGCACAAAAUCUCAGAUUCUGACCAAUUUGUUAUAGUUGCGAGUGAUGGUUUAUUUGACUUCUUCAGUAAUGAUGAAGCAGUACAGCUUGUAGAGUCUUAUAUAUUGAGAAAUCCUUUUGGUGAUGCAGCAAAAUUUCUUAUUGAGCAAUUAGUUGCAAGAGCAGCUGAUUCUGCAGGCUUCAGCAUGGAGGAGUUGAUGAAUGUUCCCGACGGGAGGAGGAGGAAGUACCAUGAUGAUGUGACGGUAAUGGUGAUCAUCCUUGGCAUGAAUCAACGGACUUCAAAAGCAUCAAUUUGCACCUAGAGACUGACCAAAGAAAAAUACAUUUGAAGCUCUUAGAUGACCAUAUUGGUUAAAGUGGUAUUUCUUAGGAAGUUUUGAUGUUCAAAGUGUACAUUAGACCUUUAGAACUUAGAAUCAUUGGCUUGGUAUCCAAAAUCUUUCUGUAGUUUUUCCUAUUCGUCUGGAACAUGAAUUUUUGAAAUGGUUUCCUUGUAUAUAAUAUCAAUGAAAAUUAGCUUUUGUUUCGAAAAAAAUGUAGAUAACUGCUUUAUAUUUUGACAAGGGCAAGAUUGUUACUUCA